GAGCAGUGGGGUAUAGUGGGUAGGGGCUGGGAGCUGGACUCCUGGGUUCUCUCCCAGCUCUGGGAGGGCAGCGAGGUCUAGUGGUGAGAGCAGGGGGGGCCGGGAGCCAGGACUCCUGGGUUCUCUCCCUGGCUCCUCCUUCUCUAUCGAAAUGAUCACCCUUUAGCCCCACCCCAAUCCCAUAAACACUCCCCGAAUCCCCAUCCCUGCUUGCAGCCUGCGCACCCAGGGGUUAACAUCCCUCCCCCCAGCUGCAAAUGCUCUGCAAACAUCUGGCAAAUGCUUUGCACCAGCAGGGCUGAUCCCUCCCACCCAGGCCCCCAGAGCCCCCCAAGCAGCAGCCCCUCUCCACUAACUCAGAGGGACCCCCCCCGCCCUCCAGUCCCAUUUGCAAACUGUUUGCAGACCCCUGGGGGCCGAUUGCAGCUGGUGCCACUGCUGGGGGGGAGAAGGGAGAGGAAACGGGGGACGCCACCCCUUUCUGCCCCCCCGUUCCCAGCAGCCUUUGCAGCUGGCCGCAAACAGAGAAGACAGGAGCAGAAUUUGCAGGCAAAAGGAGAAACCCAGGGGUGCUCUCCAUGCCGGCGCACCUGGCCCUGGUGGACUGGCUGGACGAAGGCUUCUCCAGCAUCAUCGAGCUGGCGGCGGUAAGCGAGCCGAGCCGGGACCCCACCCGCUACCGGCCGGGUCAAGAGGUGGAGGCCCGGUGCCCCCUCUUCAAGGGGCUGAACCGCGCCCGCAUCCUGGCCCUCAGCGGGGACAGGCAGGAGUUGAAGUGGAUCCAGGUCCGAGCCGGGGGGUGUCCCAGGAGCAGCUGGGGGGCCAGGACACUGCGGGGGCCCCCCCACCGCCAGGUGGCGACAUGGAGACGGGACAGAGUGCCCUCUGAGAGAAGGAAACACAACACAGGAGGUGACGCCGAUGACGUCACCACCUCAGUGCCCGACCCUGAGGGGACCCAGGUGUCCGAGGACGAGGGUCGGGUGACCCCCCAGAGCACCUCAUCCUCGGAAACCUGGCAUUACUCCUCCCCCGACUGCCCCCACGUGGACAGCUCUGGCUGCGGGGUUCCCUGCUCCCCUGGCCCUGUGGACCCAGGUGUCCGGGCAGGGCCGACCGAGCUCUGCACCAGGCCUGAGUGCGAGAGGAUGCGGCAGGAACUGGAGGUGCUGAGGGACCAAUACGCCAAGAUGGAGGCUCAGAAUGCUGUGCUGGCCCAGAGACUUGGGGGCGUUGUGGAGCCGUCCGGGGAGGUGGACGGCAGCUCCGUGCGACCGGAGCCCGGGCUCUAUGAGGACCCUGCGCUACCUCGGAAACAUGGGAUGCAGGAGCUGGUGCCGGGAGGGGGCGUGUUCCUCUACCCCACCCAGCUGGCCCUGGCCCGCUCCAGCGCCCGCAGCCAGACGGCCCUGGCCCGGCUCCUGCUCGACGUCUUCUUCUCCCGCCAGGAGCAGGCACGGAGCAACCUGUCCGGGGAGAACGGGCUGCACCGCCUCAGCCCCCCCGUCGUCAGCGCCAUCGUGGCCUACUCCGUGGGUCAGUCCCAGUUCCAGCCCAGCAGUGCCGCCGUCAUCAAGAACUCGCUGCGCAACAAGCUGGGCUGCCUGAGAGCCCCGUCCCGCCAGCAGGGGGCCAGCAGGGGGCGCCCCGCGGCCUGACACCCUGCAUCCUCCCAGCAGGGGGCGCCGGGGAGAGCUGUGAAUGGGGAGUGGUUCCCCUGGGGCUCCGGUUCCAUCUGAUCUUGUUUUCUAAUCACCAAACUCCAUACAAAAAGAACAGGAGGACUUGGGGCACCUUAGAGACUAACCCAUUUAUUUG